AAAUGUAGCGGCGCGGCGGGAGCGCGCGGCUGAUACCCGGGACUGGGCUGCGGCGGUUAGUCCUCUCUCGGCCGCCGUCGCCUCCGACAUAUUGCCCGUAGGAGCUGCGGCGGCGAAGCGGCGAGCGCCGGGGGGAGGAGAUGGGAGGACGAAGAGGUCCCAACAGGACGUCUUACUGUCGAAAUCCGCUCUGUGAGCCAGGAUCCUCAGGGGGCUCUAGUGGAAGCCAUACUUCCAGCGCAUCAGUGACCAGUGUUCGUUCCCGUACCAGGAGCAGUUCUGGAACAGGCCUCUCCAGCCCCCCUCUGGCCACCCAAACGGUUGUGCCUCUACAGCACUGCAAGAUCCCUGAGCUGCCAGUCCAGGCCAGCAUUCUGUUUGAGUUGCAGCUCUUCUUCUGCCAGCUCAUAGCGCUCUUUGUCCACUACAUCAACAUCUACAAGACAGUGUGGUGGUAUCCACCUUCCCACCCGCCCUCCCACACCUCCCUGAACUUCCACCUGAUCGACUUCAACUUGCUAAUGGUGACCACCAUCGUUCUGGGCCGCCGCUUCAUUGGGUCCAUCGUGAAGGAGGCUUCUCAGAGGGGGAAGGUCUCCCUCUUUCGCUCCAUCCUGCUGUUCCUCACCCGCUUCACCGUUCUCACGGCAACAGGCUGGAGUCUGUGCCGAUCCCUCAUCCACCUCUUCAGGACCUACUCCUUCCUGAACCUCCUGUUCCUCUGCUAUCCGUUUGGGAUGUACAUUCCGUUCCUGCAGCUAAAUUGUGACCUCCGCAAGACAAGCCUCUUCAACCACAUGGCCUCCAUGGGACCCCGGGAGGCGGUCAGUGGCCUGGCGAGGAGCCGGGACUACCUGCUGACGCUUCGGGAGACGUGGAAGCAGCACACAAGACAGCUGUAUGGCCCAGACGCCAUGCCCACCCAUGCCUGCUGCCUGUCACCCAGCCUCAUCCGCAGCGAGGUGGAGUUCCUCAAGAUGGACUUCAACUGGCGCAUGAAGGAAGUGCUCGUCAGCUCCAUGCUGAGUGCCUACUAUGUGGCCUUUGUGCCUGUCUGGUUUGUAAAGAACACACAUUACUAUGACAAACGCUGGUCCUGUGAACUCUUCCUGCUGGUGUCCAUCAGUACCUCCGUGAUCCUCAUGCAGCACCUGCUGCCUGCCAGCUACUGUGACCUGCUGCACAAGGCCGCCGCCCAUCUGGGCUGUUGGCAGAAGGUGGACCCAGCACUGUGCUCCAACGUGCUGCAGCACCCGUGAGUCACCCUACCCUGCUCGACCCAAUCCCAGCCCUUCUAGUCAGCAUCUGGAGUCACUUGUCCACCUGCUGAUUAAGUCAUUCAGUUAGCAAAUAGUUACUGAGCGUGUCUGGUAUAUUAGACCAAGUGUCCAGGGUGGGGUAUGGUGGGGCGUGACACCCAGUGUUCCUUGUUCUUGGGUAACUUGCAGUGUACUGAAGAUAGAAGUGGGGGUC